UUUAGGAAUAGAAAGCGUGGAUCUGGACAAGGCCAAGGCUCUGUAUGCGAUAACUUGAACGCGCGUGGUCAUUACUAUCGUUCUUUCUGUUGACCGGUCGCCAUAGGCCUAGUUUACACGCAUAAACAAUUAGCCAUAUCUUGGUCAGCAAUAUUGCUAUACUACACCCUUACGCCACAUCCUGUCACGUCCUGCCUCGCCCCACAGUUUGAGGGAUGGCCCUAAUGACCAGAGAUCUGUGGAUACGAUGAGCCGACCCGAUGGCACUCUCUUCAAUAUGAAUGCCGCCGCAGGAUACAUCACCCGCGCCAGUGAGGCUUCGCCCGCCUUCAAGUCCCUCCUGAAGUCUAUCACACGGAGAAAUGCCUCUCGUCUUCUGGGCGUCUACAUGCUCUGGAUUAUCUUCAAAUAUCGGCACACUGCGUACGGAACCAAACCGCGGUACGACAUCAAAGGACCCCGGGGGUGGCCACUCAUCGGGAACAUGUUCCUCAUGCUCCUCACGCCACGAAACCAGAUCUCGGAAUUGAAUGAGCGCUUACAUCAGGAAUAUGGGGCCACGUACACGUUCAGUGUGCCCAAGCUUGGACGCGUCUAUCAAUUCAGUGACCCGGCUGUAUUGGAGCAUGUCCUGAAGACCAACUUUUGGGCAUAUGAAAAGGGACCGAUGCUUCAGGAGACGCUAAAGGACUUGCUGGGGACAGGAAUCUUUGGUGCGGAUGGCGACCAUUGGAGGUGGCAGCGAAAGAUGGCUAGUCAUAUUUUCAAUGUCAACGCCUUCCGAAACUACACGAGCAGCGUCUUUGUGAAAGAGGCCGGCAUCGUCGUGGAUUACCUGUCCAGGAUGGCGGACGAGGGACGGAUCGUUGAUAUGCAAAACCUGUUUUACCUGUUCACGCUGGACUCUUUUGGCGAGGUCUCAUUCGGUCAGUCUUUUGGAUGUCUGAAGACGCCUGAAGAAGAAGUCGAGUUUGCUGCAGCAUUCGACCGUCUCAACACCGUGGUGUUUAACCGGCUCUUUGAAGGCGUUUGGCAGCUGCGUGAAUGGGUCACAGGGAUGGACAAGCAGGUUGCCAAGGACAAGAAGAUCAUCAACGACUUUGCCAUGGACAUCAUCAACAGUCGCCGCACCAAAGGCUAUGACAAACAGCAGAAGGAUCUCUUGCAGCUCUUUAUGGAUACAGAUACCGAGGACGGCAAGCCUUUAUCGGACGAAAUGCUAUGCUGUCUAAUCUUGAACUUCAUCAUUGCUGGACGUGAUACUACAGCUCAAGCACUCUCGUGGAUGUUUUAUCUUCUUCACCGAUCCCUCUCGGACUCAUCCCUCGUGCCAAAGUUGGUUAAUGAAGUGGAUACUGUCCUCGAAGGAGGCUUACCUACCUACGAAUCAUCUAAAAAGAUGAAGUACUCUGAGGCGUGUCUUUACGAAGCGUUACGCCUGUAUCCGAGUGUUCCAAGAAACAUCAAGGUUGCUGUUCAGGACGACGUCUGGCCAGACGGUACCAAAGUAUACAAAGGCGAAUAUGUACUCUGGUCCUCCUGGGCGAUGGGUCGAUCCACGGACAUCUGGGGUGGCGAUGCAAGAGAGUACAAACCCGAGCGCUGGAUGACCGGCGAGAAACCAUCACCUACAAAGUUCCCUAGUUUCCAUGCUGGACCUCGCACAUGCCUCGGACAACAGUUUGCCACUAUUGAAGCUGUGACAAUCAUGGCUAUGCUCUUCCAAAACUUCACUUUUGAGCUGGUAGAUCCUCAUACGGAACCGUCAUAUGUGCCUGGUCUGACCCUUCCAAUGGAGAAAGGCCUACCUAUGCGCGUGCAUCGCCGCGCUGCGCCUGCACCAGCCGUAUAAAUGCGUUGGAAGAGGUCUGACUGUGCUCUUGAACAUGACAUGAAAGGUUCUCUGGGGUAAUGAAUGCCG